AUGGCCACAACGCCGGACCCAUCAUCUGAAGCGAGACAUGCUCUUACACCUUCUGAAGCGGCUCAUCAUCCACCAAGGCUGCCUUUAAUCAAUCAGCCAACUGCGAAUGAGCGUCCUCAAAUGCCUAUCUCUGAUGCUGGCCGCGAUGAGCGUCGAGAGGCAUACGAAGCACCAGCGAGGGAAGUGGAGGUUCAUGAAGAUUACGACGUCAUUGAGGGAGGCUGGCGACAUGCUUCUUCAGCUUAUGAUCCACUCAUCAUCACCGGAUCCGCCCCUUACGAUAAUCCCCUGCCCUUAAUUGAAGAGCAGGAUGCGUCUACGGGUAAUAACCAACCCGGACAUCUUGAUCCCCCAGAGCCACCAUUUGAAGAACGCUAUGGGUUCGCACCUUUCGACAGUUUCGCUCCUUACGAUAAUUUCUUGCCCUCAAUUGAAGAGCAGGAUGCGUCUACAAGUAUCAACCAACCCGGACUUCUCGAUCCCCCAGAGCCACCAUUUGAAGAACGCUAUGGGUUUACACCUUUCGACAGUUUCGCCCCUUACGAUAAUCUCUUGCCCUUGAUUGAAGAGCAGGAUGCCUCUCCGAGUGUCAAUCAACCCGCGCCUCACGAGCCCCCAGAGCCGUCAUUUGAAGAACGCUAUGGGCUUGCACCCAUUGAGAGUCUCGCCCCCUACCAUAGUCUCUUGCCCUCAAUUGAAGAGCAGGAUGCCUCUCCGAGUAUCAACCAACGCGCGCCUCACGAGCCCCCAGAGCCGUCAUUUGAAGAACGCUAUGGGCUUGCACCCAUUGAGAGUCUCGCCCCCUACCAUAGUCUCUUGCCCUCAAUUGAAGAGCAGGAUGCCUCUCCGAGUAUCAACCAACGCGCGCCUCACGAGUCCCCAGAGCCAUCACUUGAAGAACGCUACGGUUUUGCACCCAUCGACAGUCUCGCGCCUCACGAUACAAUAGGGUCAUUACUUGAUGAAAAUUAUGCACUUGCGAGCCCCAAUCAACCCACGCCUCACGAUACAAUUGGGUCAUCCUCUGGAGAACGCCGUGGGUUUACACCUAUCGAGCGACCCGCGUCUCACGAUACAAUUGGGUCAUUAUUUGAUGAAAAUUAUGCAUUUGCGAGCCCCAAUCAACCCACGCCUCACGAUACAAUUGGGUUAUUAUUUGAUGAAAAUUAUGCAUUUGCGAGCCCCAAUCAACCCACGCCUCACGAUACAAUUGGGUCAUCCUCUGGAGAACGCCGUGGGUUUACACCUAUCGAGCAACCCGCGUCUCACGAUAUCGAUGAGCCGUCAUCUGGAGAACUGCAUAGGUUCACAGGCAUCGACGGACCUGGGCUUUACGACUCUCCUGAUCAGUUGUUUGGAAGGCAGAGUGCAUCUACACAGAACAAGCCUCCUGAUCAACAGGGUCAAUAA